AUGCGUUGCGGCCAACGCGAGGAGUUCCAGUCCCUCCUCGCACGAGGCACCCACAACAUCAACCGCCGCGAUGACGACGACAUGCUGAUUCAUUGGGCCAGCAUGUGGGGACACGCGGACAUCGUGCGCACACUGCUCGACCAAGGCGCACUCGUCAAUGCACCGGCAACUGCUUUACACUACGCAUGCGAAAAGGGACACACAGACGUGGCGCAAGUUCUGCUGGACUUUGGUGCCAAUGUCAACGCACAGACACGGGGAGAGACUCCGAUCGAGCUUGCCCGACGAAGGAACAACACCAAGACGGUGGAGUUGCUCGAGGAUCGGAUCAAGCAGGAGCAGGAGCGGAAGAAGCAGGAGUUGGAGGAGAAAGACCUGCAGGGCCGCAUAUUUGAAUUCAGCCAGACCGUCGCCUGGACCCACAAGCAGACUGCCCCGUCGGCCGUGCAGUGCCUGCUGCGCGUAGACGAUACGGUUUGGAGCGGAGGCGCGGAUGGGAACAUAGGCGUGUGGAACGCGCAGACGGGACUCCAGGUCACCGGCAUCAAGACUAGCGACAAGCGGGGCCGAAUGCAGGCCAUGAUUCUCGUCGACAACACGGUUUGGACCACCUCUGACGAGAUGGGCGGUGAGCCCACCAUUCGUGUCUGGAAUUCCAAAUCGCUGGUCAAGAUCACUGAGCUGACCGGCGCCCACACGAAAGUGAUCCGCUGCCUGGCUCUCGUCAUCUCGCGUUCGCCCGCCGUGCAGGUGUGGUCGGGCGAUCUGUCGGGGGUCAUCACCGUGUGGAAUGCGCAGCGGCUCAAGAAGGAGAGCGAAAUCCACCUCCCCGAGACUGGGGUCUAUUCCAUGCGCCAGGUCGGCAGUCACGUUUGGAUCGGCGGAGACUCCCACAUCAUAUGCUACAAUCUCAAGUCAGGAGACAUGUUCACUGUCAACAACGCGCACGCACGUCCGGUGAACGAUAUCUCGCUCGAGGGCGACUAUGUGUGGACCUCCUCGAACGACCACACAGUCAAGGUUUGGCGGCCGGGCGCCACGCUAAGCGACAUCGUUCGCAUCAAGGAGAUCAACCUGGACAGCAACGUUUUGUGUCUCUCGCGAAUCAGCCACUACAACGCUGCCCAGCAGGUGCUGAACGUGUACAUGUCUGGCGGCCAAACCGACGGCACCGUCGCUCUGUGGGACACCCGAAAGCACAGCGAGGUUGAGCGGUUCGGCGCAGAGAAGAAUCAGGGCACCAUCAGGUGUAUGCUGUGGGUGGCGGAGAACAACACGCUUUGGUGUGGAUCGCGCGACCGCAACAUCUACCUGUGGACGCUCAAGGACUGA